AUGGUUCGUCAGCUCCAUGACAGCAUGACGGUACACAUCACGGACGGUGAAGCUGCCUCAGAGGCCCUCGCAGUGACGAAAGGAGAGAAGCAUGGCUGCGUCCUUGCGCCCCUCCUUUUAAGUCUUAUGUUCUCUGUCAUGCUGAUGGACACCAAACGUGACGAACACACCGCGAUCCGCAUCGCCUACAGGACGGACGGCCACCUCCUCAACCACAGGCGGAUGCACUUCCAGCCGCGUGUUUCCACAACCACCGUCCAAGAACUUCUCCUUGUCGUCGUCUGCCCUCUCAACGUCACCCCCGAAAGGGACAUGCAGAGGAGCAUGGACCUCUUCACCACCGCCUGUGAGAGCUUUGGCCUAAUUAUCAACAAGGAGAAGACGGUAGUCUUGCACCAACCGCCAACCAACACAGCCCACAAUGCGCCGUAA